UUGAAAGGGCUAGAGGUCUCGGUCCAAGGGGCGUUUCCUGGCUGGUGCUCUUUGAGAGAACUCCAGUUUUGAUGGCAUCUCGCAAACUGCCUUUCUCUGCUCUCCUCGCAGCUUCUCUGCUGAUGGCUUCAAGUGGGACCAAUGCUGGGGAGGAAAUCAAUGAGACCAUCAUCUGUACCAAGGACCUGAUUGAAGUAGAAAUCCCAAGUACAUUCUUCCUUUCUAAGAACCCACCAAUAUUAAUCUCUGAUUUGCACCUUAACGACCCAGAAUGCCAUGGCAGUAAAGUAGGAAAUCUCUACGUCUUUAGCAUUAAGACCAACUUCACAGACUGUGGAACAAGAAUGGAUUCAGAUGGUGCCCAUAUUAUUUUCACCAAUACUAUUCAGAACAACUUCUCUGAUGUAAUCACAAGAACUUUUAUCAAUAUCACAUUUGCCUGCCGAUACCCAAUUAAUUACAUGGUACAGCAGCCUAAUGGAGAAAAUAAAAUCAGUGUUGAUAUCAGGACCAUUACACUAAAUACUGAAGAUGGGAACUUCUCCGUGUCCAUGAUGCUAUAUAAGGACCAAUACUUUGAAGACAUGUGGACUACUAUUCCUUUUCUGACUCUAGAGGACAACAUAUUUGUCAAAAUUAAAAUGGUUCCAGGGAACUUAAUAAUUAGGCUUGAAAACUGCUGGUCAACCCCUACAAAGGAUCCAAUUUAUGUUGUUCAAUAUUCUUUUAUUAAAGAGAGCUGUCCAAAAAUGGUAAAAGAUGAAACCCUGUCUAUAAUUACAAAUGGAGAAGGUGAAGAAGCAACAUUUAGGAUCCAAAUGUUCAAAUUCGUUGGCAUCUCAUACAACCAUGUUUUCUUACACUGCACAGUUCAGAUUUGUCACAGUACUGCUGCUGUUUGCAAACCAAAUUGCACAGACGACAGUCUGACCAGAAAUAAAAGAGAAGUCACAACUUUUUCUAAUCACAUGGUGUCUUAUGGUCCUAUAAAACGGAAGCUGGUAGAUGAAGAAGAGUCUAACAUAAAUGAAGGAAGACUUCCCCCAGUAGAAAUGUUGAUCCUGGGUGGAAUUCUAAUGGUGGUUCUGGUGUUAACUGCAGUUUUUGGAAACCUUUUGUUUCAGUCAAGAAGGACGUACCCUACGAUGCAAGCACAGCUGACAAUGUCCCGUUUUCAUAAUUCUGAAAUACCAUCAUGAUGAUCUGUUAACCAACACUGUAAUAAAAUGUUUGGCUCUUACUGCAGCAAUUGCAUUGCAUGGCAUUGUAGCAUAUCAACAUUAAAUUACAAGUUUUAAAAAUGUU